UACGUUCUUGAGGUUAUCAACAUCAACUUUAUCAAACUUCGUUAUCAACGCAAGUAUGAGUGGUUUCCGAUCUAAAUACUCGUCGAAAACUAUUAUUUUUGUGCCUUUCUUCGAGGAUACCUUAGAUUGAGUGUGCUCGAUGAGUCCCAAACUAAAAAUACAGUGUAAUAAUGAAGAAACUGAAGUUCCUCUGCGAUCAUAAGGAUGACCAAAUAGCCCAAUUCACCCUUGUGUCAGCUAGUAGCUGGUUUGAUUAUUUCGUAUUUUUUAUACUAAUAGUAUCUUUAUCUCUAAUCUAUAGCUCGUUCGAUGGCGAAAAGAAAGCCAAAGAUUUCUUCUCCUUUUGGUGGAUUUGUCUGUGGAUGUCUUCUUUGGGCUCAUUCAGCUUCAUCAUUUACUCGCUGCUUUUCAGUGUUUCGGCUGAAACUCUGAUCAUUGCUGCUCCUAUCGGAAUUCAGCUGAUGACCUCCUUCAAACUCAGACCCGAUAUUGUCACGUUCCUCCCUUGGAAGAUGGUGAAAGAAUUUCUGAUUCUAGAGGUAUUCACAUGUCAAAAAGUUGUCUUCGUUCUUGCUCUCAUGAAACGAGAAGAGGGGAAAGAGGAUAAACUAGAAAUUUUAUUUCCAGGAACUAAACCACGUCUGCAGCACCUGGAAAAAAUUUAUCAAGUGAGUCGAAGGAUAGUAGAAAAAAAUUCCAGCCCUGUCAAAAGUUCAUGAUAUCAGGCCCUGUGUAAAGCACCCUCUCUUUCAUUCUGGAUGCAAUAUUUUGCGUUCAGUCUUGUAUCUUUCUGUACCUAUGUAUCUUUUUUAAUCUAUUUCACCGAGCUUUUGAGCAUUUCCAGGAACUACAUCAUAAAAAUCCUUCUCUAGUCUUAGAAAAUACCUCUUGUUAAGGCAAUUCCACCCCUCCUAGUUAAAUUUGGUUGAAUAUAAGCUCAACUUUUUAUUUCUCUCAUGCGGAAGCUUGAGAAAACUCAAGUUUUUUGAAAUUCCUCCUUGAAAGCACUAGCUCUACUUUGAGAUGGUCAUUACCACAAUUUCUAAAACUUGAAUAACCAAGGACUGAACAAACGGAGGAAGUAAUAAAAUCAUCAAACGGAGUAAGUAGCUUCCAAAAGCACUCUUACUUCUCAUGAAAAGUGAUGUUUUUAUGUCUCAGUCAUUCGGACCGAUUGAUUCUUUUUCGUACAAAAAUAAUAAACACAUGAAUGAUGAAAUAAAAUAAUGCCGAAUGGGAAUGGAUGGUCAUCUGUAAGCCAUAAAACUUAAAUUUUCUCCCUUGAUUCUUUUAAUCUUUAGAAUUUGGUAGGGACUUCUUAAAAGCAGUUGCUGAAAAUUAUUACCGAAAAAUCCCUUAAGAAUCCCAAUUUUUCAAAACCUUAAGCAUGAUAAAGUUGGUGAAUAAAGUUUGUAUUCGGAGCAAGUUGAUGAGGGAUGGAAUAGCUUGGAUAUCACCAAAAAUAUAGAAACAUCCUGAAUGAAGAUUCUGAAAAAAUAACUAUGUCUAAGUUAUUUACCGUGUAAAGUUGGUUUUCUCAUCUAAAUUACAGGGUCUAUCAUAAAAGUUUCCUUUUACCGUUUUAAGGUGUUAUGAAUGUGUUCAUGUAAAAAUUGUAGACUGAAGUACGCGGAAUAAUGUCCAACAUGUCUACAUUGCAGAGUCUUCCUAUUCCAGUAGCAAUGGCAUUCAAAUUAAUUUAAAUUGCUUGACAUUAAAACUUGAGUUUCAUUUUUGACCAAGCAAUGAAGAUUUUAAUUGAAAGUCUUCAUCGCCUAAAUUUUUCUACGAAGCAACCUCCUAAUUUCAUGAAACAAGAAAAAAAAAUUUCUACCGACAGUCAAGUUUGAAUAGAAAAAUUGAACAUGCUAGUUCACCAUGAAUUUUUCGUUCUUUGUCUCAAAGUUUAUCCCUUGAGGAAAUCAAGUAGAGGUGGAUCAUGACUACUAUGUAUUUUUCGCAGUUACUCAAUAUGUUUUGAAAAUGGUUGUAUGUAAACUGUGUCUAAAAUUUUACUCUUUGUCCUGGAGUUUGUGUUAAAGCUAGACAAUUGUCACCUUAGAAUCCUCAGAAAUUAAGAGGGUAUUCUAAUUCCAUCCAAAAGAUAAAAACUGUUCUAGUCCAGAGGUUUGAGACAUAAAAGACAGGUUUAAGACGUAACUUUAAAAAGUUUUAUUAGUUUUCCUCCCUCAGUUGUUACCAUCUCUUAACCUCUGUUUUGCAGUUUUUGUGUAAAAAUGACAUUAGAUAUAAUUUUCUUUUACACAGAGUUCCUUCAUUAUACUGACAACGAGUUUAGAAAACAUUGUAUAGCUAGAAAUAUGAAUAUUUUUUUUAUCGCUUGAUAUAAAGAAUGUUUCCCAUGGCUCCUCAUUUUCUGCGGAAGCUAGGGAAGCAGGUUAUUUUGGAAGAACCACAGCUUGGUUCCUUUCAAACACUAUGCACUCAGAAUUUUUGUUGGUGUUUUACUACAGGAAUUCAAUGAGCAGAAGAUAAGAUGGCGAUUUAAUUUGCUUCCUAUAUUUUAAAUAUGAAGGAAAAAUUCCUUUUCUAUAGAAUUCUGGUUGUAUAAUCCUGAAUUGGAUUAAUUUUUCCUUUGUAAGACAUAUCAUUACCUUAUAGUUUUUGCCCUGAAAAGUGGUGGAUGAAGUGCUCAGUCCGGUGAACAACUCUGCUUAUUAUUUAAGUGUUGAUUCGCCUUGGUAAACCUGGGUCAUUUAAAUUAGUUAACGAACCUGCGUUUCAACCCUUAAAUAAUAGCUUUUUUAGUUGCUUUCCCCCUUGCAUACCUUUUUUUGUGGCGUUGACUAUAAAUGUUUUCUUUAUGGAGGGAUUAGACAAAAUGAAAUACUAUGUCUGCGGAUGUAGCAAGUGCUGUGCAUAGUAAUCAACAAGGCAAAUAAGUUUACAAAAAAUGUUUAAAAUUUAGUUUAAUUUUUGUUUCUAAACUUUUUUUUAAAAAAAAAAAAAAUAAAUAAAAUCACUUCAUUUAAGCAACCAAUUUUUUUGAAGAAAGGGGGGAGGGUUAGGGUCCCCUUGUUUUCCUCGCAGAAACCUCAAUUUAAUUCUACUGCCACAAUUUGUAUAAAUUGCUGGGAAUAUCCACUGGGUCCUCUGUCAUUUUAUAUCACUGGCCACUCGUUUGUUUAAAGACUGAUAACUGCUGUGAGUUCUCAUAAUACCUCAAAUAUUUUUCAGAGGUAUUUCCCUAAUAUCUGGUGCAAUCAUUCCAACACGAGAGUACUUGUAGUCCCCCCCUCCCUUUUAAAUAAUUUUUAAUUUGUAUCUACAUACGUCCGAAAUACCUAGCCAUACUUCUGAGAAGUGAAACAGUAUUAGAAAAUUAUCUCCUUCAUUUUGGAGCUCUCGCAUUUAUAAUCGAUGUUCCAAAAUUCAAAUUAGAAAAUAGUUUGUUGAUUUUUUUUACAUUGUAUACAUUUUCAUAAAUCUAAUACCGAUAAAAUUCCUUACUUAUUUUUAACUGUAAAAGUAUGGCAUCUCCAGUGCGGAUAUGGCUGAGCAAAAGUCAGAGAGUAACACAUGUGACGAAGUCGGUGUCAUGCAGAAUUAAUGCGCCCAGUACGAAAACAGCCAAAUUCUUCAACUUAGUCUGGGCUUACUAACCAAAUUUUUCUAGAGUGUCACUCCACAAGUCAAGUCUACGAUGCUGUACUUUAAAAAGGAAUUACCAACUGAAUGAGUCUACUUUCUUUUAACUAUGCUUUUUGUAAUUUCCAUUCAUUUAUGAAUGCUGGUGAGUUUUAGUUCAAUUUUCAUGAUUUGUACCGGUGGAACUCUGCUGUGUGCUUUUAUCAAUUCCCAUUUCAUCUUUUGUUCUUAUGUACGAUCUUUUUGUUUAUAUGAUCAAAAUUGGAAGAGAGGAAAAAGUUUCUUUAGUAUCAGUAUCUGUUCACUGAUAUCUUUUCCAAGAAGAAACAGAAUUGAUGCUUGCACAAAAAGGCCAAGGAAAGUGUUCUAUUUGAAGAUGGUCCUGACACUACUUAAGGAAAUGCAUUAUUUCUGUAUGACUUCCUCUCUAAUGUAACGUAGCUCUUGAAUCCCUUCCACUGAAUUGUAUAUAAGAAAAUGUGUCCUAAGGAUGCACUUUCUCAUCAUGUUUAAAUAUUGCUUCCGAUCGUCAAUUAUUGGAGGGUCAUUGCUUAUAUAUACCUAAUUAUAGUGGAUUGCUCGAUCAAAUCUGCUGUUUUGAACGAGUGUGUACCAAAAUGUUUUGAUUCUUUAAGUAAAUUCACCGAGCAAGUGUUUAUUGUUUAAGCAAUUCUUGUUACUUUUUUAUAAAAAAAUUAAAUAAAUUGUCACAGUUUUUGAA